UGAGCAUGUCUGCCUGCAAUCUCCUUAUUUGCAUGCCUUUCCUCCUAUUGGUUGAUUAACUUUACAGGAAGUAAAGGGCUCUUUCCCUUCCAGACUGCCAGCUAUGUAGGAUCAGUGUGCUGCUGCUAGGAAAUUGGUAACCUAUUUCUGCCUUGUGGUUUCCCAAGAUGUCAGAAGAUCUCAAGAAAAGAUUAGAAUUUCCAAACUCAUUAAUUCAGGCACAGGCGGUGACUCAGCUCAUUGCAUCUGUGAUAAAGGAAAAUGUCUCAUUGGAGAAGAUAAAACAGUCCUCAAACCAGACUCCAGCUCUGAAUAUUCUUUGGGAGAAGUGCUGCAGUCAAAAUGUGAUUGUGAGGACAGCCUGCUGUGAAGCACUGGUGCUGCUGGUUGAACAGGAUUAUGCUGAUUUCGAUUAUGUUCUUAAUGGAAUUCUGAACCUCAUCCCUUCUGCUGGGACUGUACAAGGACUACUGAAAUGUGUUUGGCGUCUCCUACAUAUUCAAGCAAGGAAUGGUGAAAAGGAUGGGGAACAUAAAGCCAUGGCCAUUUAUAAAAUUUGGAACCCCCCACAUCCAUUCAUCAGCAUCCUGGAAAAUAGACCAGACUGUUGGCCUGCACUUUUGCAGCAGAUGUCUACUUUGCCUCAGCUUUGUCCCGAAAGUAGCUCUACUUCAAGCAGUGUGUAUUUUAUGGCACCAUUUCUGAGGUACUUGUAUUGUGAACCCUCCCAGCAACAUGAGUACUCUGCCCUUCGAAUGGGUCUGAGGAAAGCAUUAGUUACGAUUUCAGAGACAAGUGGGUCCAACAAUCCCUCAAAACCAGAAGAGCAUGUUCUUCGGAUUUUCGUUGACGUGAUGGGCUACAUUCAGUUUUCAGAUUCAACUCAAGUUACUGAAGCAACUUUGUACAUGAAAGAUUUAGGCAGAAGCCUUCAUCUGCAUCCAGAUUUCUGGAAGACAGAGCUCUCUGUACUGUGCUUGCAGGCCUUGUGUGCGUGUGAGGCAAGCUUAAAAAUGACAGGAGACUGCUCAACACUGAUAGAAAUUUUGGAGCAAAACGCAGAUCUUCUCGGCGAGAGCUUUCCUGCAGAGCAGGUAUUAAUGGGACUCAGUUUGAUCCUGCUCCAAUCACCAGCUAGCCAGCAAAAACUAAUCUUAAAGUUGGCAUUGAAGAUUCUGUCAUGGAAAGGGGAACAUGAUUUUCCAUCAAGUGCACAAGUGUUAAUUAUGCCACUCCUCCAAAUUGUAUCCACCUCAGCCCUGUCAUAUUGCUUUACUAAUGAUGAAGGAAGCUCAAGGGAGCAGCUGGCUACUAGUCUUCUGGAAAUGGUUCAAAAUGCCGGAUGCAAAGGGGAAAGGAGACUGAAUUAUGUACCACUUCCACUUCCUGUAACAACCUGGCACUGUUCAAUGGCUGCUACACUGAACAUACUUAACAAGUUUCAAGAUGACACAACUGCAGCAUAUGACUGGCUAUCUUCCAUAUCUUCGAUGCUGGCCCUCAAUACACAAGUCCCUGUCAAUGUCUCACUUUUGCUAAGUUUCCUUCUGAUUAGAGAAUCUGAACAUGGUUUGCGAAAGGUUUUGAAAGUCAUCACUGAUGUCUCCAAGGCUGAUUCAUCUCAGGUUCCUUAUUUGGUUCCAGUUCUAAUAUUGAAACUUGGACAUACCUUGGCACCCGAAUCUUCCAGAGAUAUUCUAUACACUUUGCCUACCCUUGGCACCCAUAAGGUAUGUGUGGCUCAGAUCUUGCGGGUGUUCCAAAUGUUAGGAAGCACUUCAAAGCUUCAACCCAUUGCACUUCGUCUGAUGACAUCUUUGUGGGAGAAACAGGAUCGGAUUUAUCCAGAAUUGCAAAAGAUGAUGGCUUUGUCUGACACUCAAUCUUUAGCCACUGGGAAAGACACCUUGUGGGAAAAGAUGUUAGCAAAAGCAGCAACUGUCAGAGAUAUCUGCAGACAGAGGCCAUAUCAACAUGCGGCAGAUAUGCUGGCUGCCAUAACUCAAGUUUUAAAUGAAUGCACAAAAGCCGAUCAAGCUACUCCAGCUGCUUUAGCAUUGCAGGGUCUUCAUGCCCUUUGUCAAGCAGAGGUUGUAGAAAUUCGCUCUACCUGGAAUGCCCUUUCCUCCAGACUUAGUUGUGAAACACGUCCGGUUGUUCUCAAAAUGUUGCACAAACUGUUUGCAUUGGUCCCUUCUUUGACUGUAAAUACAGAAGAAUAUCAGAAAUUUAAAACCGACAUUAUCAGUAUCCUUUGGAGACACACUCAAAGUAAGGAUCUCAUUGUGAUGGUUUCUGCAUACAAAUCUCUGUGUGAAUUUGAGGCAGAUGAGCACACCAUUCUUCAUAUUCCUGAGCAGGCAAGGCCAGAGGUGGCACCUAAAGAUGAAUCUGACCUGGCUAGUGAAGAAGAGGAGAAAGAAGCUGACCUUUCUAUUCCAGGCUCAUCAUAUAUUAAGUUAAUGGCAUUGACACCUUCAUCUGUUUUACCAGCCCUUGAAUCUUUCCUUUCAUCUCUUGUGAAGCAAGAAAUGAGUCGCAUGCCACGUGGUAUUUAUCAUACAGCUCUCCAUGGUGGUAAUAUAAGAUCUGACCAAGGCAAAACUGUUGCAGGAAUCCCAAACUUCAUGCUAAAAAUGUACGAGAAGAAUAAACAGCCUGGCCUGAAGCCUGGCCUUGCAGCUGGUAUGCUGCUCUGUUAUGAUCUCCCUGUCCAGACAGAUAAGGAUGGCAGGCCAAUUAAUCGUUUCCUUGCCAGUAGAGGCCGGAGCUACCAGCAGAUGUUAACAGCACUUAUCAAUGAGGUGAACAUCCAGUCUUCAGAAUGGCACCGCUCUAUAUUGCUACCCCAAUCUUGGCUUGGCUUCAUGACAAGGACAUACCAUGCUGUUCUGCAGGGAAGACAAGCUGAGCUGGAGAUGCAGCUGAAACAUGGAAAGGAUGACCCACAAGAGCUUCAGUAUAAAACAUUUACAGCUUGGCUCUGGGUAAGGGAUGCCUUGACCGAUGUCAUCAAGUGUGCUGUGAAAGACAGUCCUGUGGUGAAGGGAAACUCUCUGUUGGCAUUGACAGGACUUGCUGUGGCUGUAUCAAAAUAUGAAAGCAGUCUUCCGUCAGAAACAGAGGGAGCCCCUGAGAUUGAGCCUGAUAUUCUUCCCACAAGUGCUUGGAUUUCCAUGGUGCUUGACACCCUCUUGAGUAUUGUGGACAAUCAUUAUCAACCGAAAGGAAGAAUCUUCCCAUGGUUCCAGCAUAAAUCUUACUCUGGAGAAAACACAGCAAGUGUCAUUGCUAGGUCCUGUGCUGCCACAGCUCUUUCUCUGCUUGUACCCGUGCUUGUUGUAUCUAAUAAAGAGAAGGUGGAGGAAAUUCUCAACAUCUUGACAGUCAGGCUACCUGGAAAGCCAUUAGCAGAUGACUCUCAGGCACUUCAGAUACACAUGGGGCUUGCGGUUGGGAUGUUCAUUUCCCGAUUGUUCGAGGAGAAAGUCAGUGAUGUAUCUGGGCGGCAGUUGAAUCUACUAAUGAUGAGGUCUUUAGAUGCACUGGAAAGUUGCUGCUUUGACCAAAGCCUGGAAUACAACAUGGGCUGCAUCCUGGGAGUGGGCCUUGUUUUGUCUUUCAUGUGUCAGAGCAGCCAGACUGAUAGCCAGGUUCAUGUUUCUACUACUCUGCGCAAACUUUACAUGGCUUUGAGUGAAGACAAAAGCAGAACAGUGCAAGAAGUUCUGUCAUACUCUUUGGCCUGUGUGACCAUAUCAGCGUUCAGUGCCGGAAUCCUUGGUGCCGAGGAAGCUGAAGAGCAUAUGAACAAGCUGCGUAUGAUGACUGAGCAAAAUCAACAGACUUCUGGCUUAGCUCUGGCACUGGGAAGCAUUGUCCAUGGGUUGUCUGUUUGUGGACAUGGUAAGGCAGAAGAUCUAAACAGCAGGUUGCUGCCUGCCUGGAUAAAGAUUCUUCUUGCGGAGGGUUGUCCCACAAUGCAACGUCUGGCAGCUAUUAAUGGCCUUGUGGCAUUGGUAGGAUCAGAAUCUGCACUGAUUCAACUCAAAUCUGAAGCAAUCCAGUCCUCCCAGUUUCAAAGCAAGCUUAAUGAAGUCAUUAAAACCAUAACUCAGAUUAUUAGUUUUUCUGGAGUGAUUGGACUUCAGACAAAUGCCGCAUGGAUUCUUGGUCAUCUUCACUUAUCCAGCAUUUCAUCUUCUCAAAGCAGAACAUCAGUUCCUCCAGAUUUCGGCUAUCUGCCUGAAAGAAGUCUAAUUCGGGCUGUAGUGGAUUUUCUUAUUUCUGCUGGCAAGAAAGGCCCUGAAUCUUUUCCACCAUGCCUAGUUAAGGUCUGUAUAUCUUCCAUUGCUGCUGCUGCAGAGGAACAUCAGUACCCUCCUGUUAAUUGGGCGUCCAUUCUUGCCCCUCUAAUGAGACUCAACUUUGGGGAAGAGAUCCAGCAGCUUUGUAUUCAAAUAACAGUGACACAGGCGCAAAGCUCCCAGAAUGCAGCAAUGCUUCUAGGAAUGUGGCUGGUGCCCCCACUGGUUUAUAGUCUAACAGUAAAGAGCCGUUCCUAUCUCCUGAGCUCCUUACCUCUGUGGAUGAGGCAUGUGUCUGAAGAUAAGCUACAGACCUUCUCUGACUUAUUUAUAGUGUCUCAGUUUGAGGACCAAAACAAGAUGGUGGAUUUGGAUUUGUCCCUGAGCAUUCUACAGGGACUCCAACAAGCUAUGAAACUUCCUAGCCCCCCACAGCACUGCUGGAGCUUUCUGUGCAAAACAACCGAGAACAUUUUUCACCUUUUACCAAGCAAGAUUCGGAUGACAGAUGUUGAACUAUAUGUUGAAGCUGCACACUGUGUGUCAGAGAUGGCAGAUAGUGAGGUUGAACGGAUAUCUCGCGUUUCAAAGGAGAAAGUAGAGAAAGCUACCUUUAUGCGAGCAUAUCUGAUCUCACAGGGACGCUUACCUUUGUCAUGCUUGAAUGAUGUCAUUGAAGUGGCAACUAAGUGCAGAGAGAAGCAAACUAUUACCAGGAUGUUGCUGCAGGCAUUUUACCAAAUGCGUCUUACAAGCCACACAAACACGGGAGUUCUGAAAAGGAUGGAAUGGCUACUUGACCUACUUGGUCACAUUAGAAAUGUAGUCAAUCAGAACAUUUCCGUUAGCAGUGUGGAUCUCUGUGAGGAAGUCGAUUUCCUGCUGCAGGUGUUUGCGGCCUCAGUGGUGUCAUGGGCUGAUCAUGCAUCUCCCCUGCUUAUUGGAGUCAGUGCCAACUGGAUGGCAUGGAAGGAGGAAGAACCAUGUAUUACAUAUUUGGGCAAUUGUCCUGUGGAUGUUGUAACUGUACAGCAAUGUUUAAUAAUCCUUCCCCACAGUAUGCAACUCUUGCUGGCCAAAGAGCCUUGGAAAGAACAUGCCCAGAAGAUCAUUGACUGGCUUAUAAACCUUCUUGAGAGUCCUGAGGCAGCCUUAUUGGAAACUUCAAGAUCCAUCAUAAAAGCUACGAUGCUAGGUCUAAGGAGCCUUUCGGAGUUUAAGAGGAAAAUUGUAUGGACAAGGGCCUAUGGCUGGUAGGUUGCUUUUUGGAAAGUCAAAGCUCAGAAGACUAGCACUACAAACAGGAGCUGCAAGGAGGAUCUGUGUAUAACUUUCAUUUAAACUGAAAAGGAUUAGACAUUUUCUUUGUUAAUAAAACCAAAGAAUUAGCUUUUUCACCAACACAUUUGUUUACACGUGCCACCUCACAAAGUGCUGUUGUUUUCCUCUAGAAUUGUUUGAUGAAUUGAUCAUCAGAAAUAAACAUUUUAUGGUUUUGGCAAAA